AUGAAAUAUCUUACACUCACUUUGAUGGUGCUCAGUUAUGUUCAGUCUAGUUUAUUGGAUAUGAAGUCUACUAUCAACAAUACUAAAUUGGAUCCAGAAGACAACGAUGCUAACAAAAGCAUUAAGAAAAUAUGCUCUGAAUAUGGAUUCGAGGUCUAAGAACAUAAAGUGACUACAGCUGAUGGGUACAUUUUAACCCUCUUCAGAGUUCCAGGCUACUUUUAUCAAACUUUCGUUGAUCCCAUAAAGAAACCAGUCGUGCUGAUGCAGCAUGGCAUUGAUGGUGAUGCCUCUAACUGGAUGCUCAAUUCAUAAGAAGUAGCUCAUGUAUUCGUAUUAGUAAGAUAAGGUUAUGAUGUCUGGCUAGGAAAUAACAGAGGUAAUCAAUACAGUAUGGAACAUGAGACCCUUGACUUAAACGACCCAGGUCAAAAAUAUGACUUCUGGCAUUUUUCAUUCGAAGAAAUGGGUCUGAAUGACUUACCUGCUUAGAUUGACUAUAUUUUAAAGACCACUGGAUAAGAAAAGCUUUCAUAUGUAGGCCAUUCAAUGGGUACAACUCAAAUGUUUAUCGGUGCCUCAAUGAAGAAUGAUUACUUCAAAUAAAAAAUAAAUCUGUUCAUUGCAUUUGCGCCUAUUGCACGUAUGAGUCAUGUAUACUCUCCUCUAAUGAAGACAAUUUCUUCUUAAUCCGGAUUAAUAGAAAAACUUCUUGUUGAUUUAGGACUAUACAACCUAUUCGCACCGAACUGGCUGAUGGACUAGAUCACAGCUAAAUUCUGUGACACCACUCUUGGAGGUAUGAUAUGCAAGCAGUUCUUCUAGACUUUCACCGAUAUGGAUGCAAGUGUAGAUAACCUUAAAAGAGUUGAGACAUACCUUACACAUACUCCCUCAGGCUCAGGUUACAGAAACUUCAUUCAUUAUGCCUAGAUUAUUAAUUCAAACAGAUUUGCAAGAUAUGACUUAGGGUAUGAUAUGAAUAGCCUUAGAUACAAUUCAACAAUCCCUCCUCUAUAUCCCUUAGAGCAAAUAAAAGGCAUCCCAAUUGCUCUUUUUGUUGGGUAACUAGAUGUACUGAGUACAGUUAUUGAUGCAGAUUGGUUGAAUUAAUAAUUAGGUGAUAAUGUGGUCUACUAUAAACAGUAUAAGCUUGGACAUUAAUCUUUCUUGAUUGCAAAGGAUAUGUCAUUCUUUACAGUUGAUGCAAUGAACCUUAUUCAAAAGUAUGCCACCAAUUCAUUUUCUAGCAACUUCCUUUAAUGA